AAAGCUUAUCUUCAAUCCAAAAACCACACUACCCAGAAAUGGCUUUGUAUAGUGUCCCAGAAAUUGCUCUCAAUUCUGGCCAAAAAAUGCCUGUUUUGGGACUGGGCACAGCAACUUUUCCACGUGUGGCUGCAAAAGUAGUUAUACAAGCAGUGCUCCAAGCAAUUGAGCUUGGCUACAGACACUUUGACACAGCUUCUGUGUACCAAACUGAAUCAACUCUUGGUGCAGCGAUAGAAGAAGCUCUUCGACUUGGCUUAGUCAAAUCCCGGGAUGAGCUCUUCAUCACCUCCAAGCUAUGGUGUACUGAUUCUCAUCCCCAACUUGUCCUCCCUACCCUUCAAAAGACCCUCAGGGAACUAAAGUUAGAGUACCUUGAUCUGUUUCUGAUACACUGGCCAAUGAGCAUGAAGCCUGGGGCUAUUGAGUACCCACCAAAGACAGAAGACAUAGUUCCAAUGGACUUCAAGUCUGUUUGGGAAGCCAUGGAAGAUUGCCAAAGACAAGGCCUCACAAAGUCCAUUGGAGUUAGUAAUUUCACUACUAAAAAACUUGAUCAAAUCCUUGCCUGUGCAACCAUCCCUCCAGCUGUCAAUCAAGUGGAAUUGAACCCAUAUUGGCAACAAAAGAAGCUAAGAGAUUAUUGCAAGGCCAAUGGAAUCAUUGUAGCGGCAUUCUCUCCUCUUGGGGCAGCUGGAACCAGUUGGGGCUCUAGCAGAGUUAUGGAGUCUCAGGUCCUAAAUGAUAUUGCAAAGGCCAAAGGGAAGAGUGUUGCGCAGGUUUGUCUGAGGUGGGAGUAUGAACAAGGGGUUGCAAUAGUGGCCAAAAGUUACAACAAGGAGAGAAUGAAACUAAACCUUGAGAUAUUUGAUUGGGGUUUGAAUGAAGAAGAGACUAAGAAGAUUGGUGAGAUCCCCCAAAGUAGGGUCCAUCGUGGAGAAGAGUUCAUCUCUGUCACUGGGCCUUUCAAGACAGUUGAGGAGCUCUGGGAUGGAGAACUUUGAUGGUGUUGAUCUUGAAUCAUUUCUAUGGACAAACUAGCUUGUGAAAUAUGUAUGUCGCUUGAUUGAACUGAUGUGGUGUGAACAUCUUGUACUUUUGUUGUAUAAUAGUGUGAGACUCCUGUUGUGGCGGGAUAGUUGACAUACAUCAGUUUCCCGGUGGGGGUCCCUUCCUAUGAGUUGGGUUAAAUCUAACUGACAAUCGAUUAUUCUAAGACCAGGCCUGCGGAAGCAAUGAUAUUCGCAAGGAGCUUCCUUUUUUCGAUUUAAAAAAAAUAUAUAUAUCAUGUAAUAAAAAUAAGACUCAAAAAGUCACUUUGGAUUGAACUCAAA